GUGUGUACAGUGUUUUGUUGAACACUGUUGGGUCAGGACACGUUUACCAUUCCCACUCAUUGCUGCUAUCGUAUCUGUCACCACAGCUUUCCUCCCACUCUCACCCCGGCUCCGCCCCGCUGUUCCCGGUAGGCUCACACCGCGGGUCCGCUGACACAAUCAAGGGUUCAGACUCUCUGCCACUUGAAAGAAAGUCAACAUGAGUGUGAUUCGGGGCUUGUUCGUCUCCGUCACCUUGUCUGCCCUUAUAAUGGCGCUCCACUGUAAAGCAGAUCAGUAUCCUCAACAGUGGAACCUGACGUACAAGUGGCUUGACAGGUUUACUGUGAACAUCUCCUGGAAGAAGCCCAUAGGUUUGGCAGACGACAGUGGCAUUAAAUACUGUAUGAAGAAUAUAGAAGAUGAUAAUGAUGAAGUACGGGUAAAUGACAAAUUAGAAAUCAUAAAAACCCUUCUCACGGAAGAAAAACGUACUGAUAGUUGGACCUACCACAUUUGGACCAUUGGGGAUAAUUCUAGCCAAUCAAAUGAGAGCGUUCCUGCCAUGUAUACCAUCCGCACGCUAAAACCCAGAGAUGAAGUGGUGAAGGACUUCAAAUGUUUCGCCAUCACUGAUAAAAUGAACUGCUCCUGGAUUCCAGCAAAUCGGUCUCAAAACUUGGUGCUCUCCUACAGGAUAAUAGGACGUACACAGGAAGAGAUACAAAAAUUAAACAAAUGUGAUGAGACUUACAGCAAUGGAGAGAGGGAUGGUUGUUACCUGCACAUUGAACCUAAGCCCCAAAACAUCUUUGUCCUUGUGGAGACUGACACUGCAAUGAUGACCUUUAUCCCUAAAAUUGAUUUGCUUCCACCUAGACUGAGUCUCAAAGAGGAAGGAGUUCAUCUCAAACUGAGCUGGAAUGCUUCCGAAUUUAAAAAAAUGUGUCGUGAAUCCGAAUACCAAUACGAGGUCUGCUACAGUGAAUGCAACGAGUGGUCUCCAUGCCAGAAGACAAGUCCUGGAAAGUCUUCGAUGGAGAUUAUCUACAAUAAGAACUGCCAGUAUGAGUUCAAAUCGAGAGUCAUGACUACUGAAUAUUGCUUCUCUCUAAGCAGCACCUUCGCUGAGCCUGUAAUUUAUGGUACCAAUAAGACGCCUGACGAAACACUGACUGUGGUUGCCAUUUUCAUCCCCAUCAUUCUGUCCGCCUGCAUCAUCCUGUCCUGCUACUGCUUCAGGAGGUACAGGGCUAUCAUUUGCCCCGUCAUACCAGAUCCUUCAGCAAUAUUCAAGGAAAUGAUUAUGAAUGGAAACAGUGACCAUAAGGCCACACAGACGAAACUUUACACACCGGUGCCGGAACCCAUUGAACCCUGCAAAAUUACCCUUGUGAGCGAAAACAGUCCCAUGCAGCAAAACUACUGACAUGUAUGUGUGAGAAAUGCCUGCAUUGAAGCUGGACAAUCUGGGCAAAUUCAUCAGGAACAUUUACAGAGUAAUUCAACACCAGGAGAAAAGCUUUGUUUGAACUUCUGGUUGACAGCUUGGGGUCUCUUGCACAUUUGACUGGUGUGAGCUCUGUCACACCUUUCCUUUACUGACCUUAGUGGCAUUUUGCUGUGACUGCAGCCAGAUGAGAACUUCAACCACCAGAGGUCAGCAGAUGAAGAUUUUCAGCUCCUUUAAGUUACUCUGUGAGGAGAGCAAAAUGUAGGCUGCUGAGGAAAUACAAAAAUAGGAAAACAACAGGAAAAUAACGUCCUCCUGGGAAGCACUGAGGAAGAAGACAAAGAUGAAGGCGGGCCGUGUCUUUGUGUGAAAAGUGUGGAGGACUACAAAUGGGCACCGUCCUCCAUAGAAGAGGAAGUUGAGUGUCCCUGUGUGUGCCGUGUACAUACUUAUACUCUAAGAGAUCACAGGGGAAUAAAAAUAUGUGGCUGAUGUCUUGGCACCAACUUGUUUGUGGGAGUGACAAGCAAAUGCCAUUAUGACUGCUAUCAUGGCAGCUGGACAGUCAGCAAGAAGCAAUAACCUAAGUGGUGGCAAAGCACAUAUUUAUAUAAAUAUUAAAUAUUUACGUCUCCUACUACUGAACAUGAUCCCAUGGCCCCACAGGAAGCCAAGAUAUGCAGUGCUGCCCCUCCCCAUCACACAUAUUCUUCUGUGAAAACAGCUUGUUUUGUCCGUGGCAGUCCGAGUACGUGGCAGAUAGCUGGAAUUCUUCAUCCCAUCUAAAAGAGGUUUCAUCGUGUCAAAUUGAAUGAAGAGAUACAGCUUUGGUGAUAUGUUGAAUAUCUAAUCUUGGAGCAAAACUUCACAUCUUUUACUUUCACUUUAGUUUCUCUGUUAACCCAUUGUUAGUGCAUGUUGAAAGGAACUACACUUGUCUUGUAUGUUUUGGAUGGUAUAACAAUUUUCUUACAACAGUAAAUCUGACAUGUCUCUUGAAAACCUGACCUGUGGUGCUGAGAAGAACCUUAUCGUACCUUUUACAACGGUGAACACCUUUUGAUGUGAAGUCUGUUUGAUUAUAUAUUAUUAUCAGUGUGCUUCCUCUUUCACCAACACACCCAAAUUCCAUAUCAGCAUUAGUCACACAGUUUUGCUUCCUUUAUACUGAGAGGAAGAUGUUUUAUUAUGCAUUGUUCCCUGUACCAAGCAGUUCCCUGUGCCUACUGGGGGGGAUGGUUAUUGAUUUCUGCAGGUAAUGCUGGUUGUGAUUGCGUGUCACUAGUUACCUAGCAGUAAUUCUUUUGGGUUUUUAAGCCAUCUGCGUUGAUUUAGGAUGAAAGUAAUGGACCUGCCACAGCUUGUUGAUGAAUGGGCAGGUCACAGCAAAGGCAAACAACCCUUCUUGCAUAUCAACAAAGGUCCUCACCACUUAUGUGUCUUUAACUCUUUAGUUUAUCUGUUUCCUUAAGUUUACCUGCUGCAGAGCCCCUCUGCAUCUAUAUCUUAGAACCACUUUAAAACAUGCACUUUAUUAUA